GUUUUUACUGCCGGACGCUUUGGUUUCCUGUGGCAUGUCCUUACCCGCAGUUUUCCUGUAGAACCGAGAGCGAGUGUUGAUCUGAAAGUUUAUACCAGUUUUAUCACUUAUUUCAUUCAUUUAGCCAAACCACGGUGCUCCGGAUUAAUUCUUCGGAAGGUAGAACCUGGCAACAACAACUACAACAAAACAACAAGCUCGCGCUACAAAGAUGCUAUGAUAUAAACGCUGAACAAAUGCUGACUGCUGACAUCAUGAAGUGUGUAUCACUGCAUUUGUUCGGGCUUGUCUUUUUUCUGCCUUUUGGCUAUGCAUCCGGUGUCUUUAAUAACUGUGCAAAAAUAAUUCCAGACUCUUCAAAACAUAUUCCAGUGGAAUUGGGGAAGGAAUUCACUGCUGUCUGUAUUCUCCGUGAGGACUCAAUUUACAGUGCUGAUGACAUUACUUGGUCCCUUGGAAAUGUUACUCUUCCACGGCAGUCUUACAGGAACAUAAAUAAAUCGUCUACUGUUAGUCUGACUAUCAGCAGUGACAUGACAAACCCAUUGAAAUGUCAGGCUAAAAAAAACCAGGGUCUUUCAUAUGAAGAUAUAUGCAUAUAUGGCAUUUUUCUUGAAAAAGGAUAUCCUCCGUUAAAGCCAAAGGUUGUGAAUUGUAUUGCUCUUCAGGAUGGCAACAAUUUUUCACCUAAACUGACAUGUUCUUGGGAUCCAGGAAAAAGAGACCCAAUUAUUAAUACCACGUACACGCUUUUCAUAAGGGACGUGGAAGCUAAUUAUUCUGCUACAAGUUACAAAUAUCUGACACAGAACAUCACCAUCAAAUUAAAUAUUUUCCCCAAUCACGGGACGUUAAUGGUCUGGGUAAAAGCAGAGAACGAUCUGGGGACUGUGUUUUCAGACAAGUUGAUUAGUGAUUCUGAAAAUUUUGCAAAGCCAAAUCCACCUGCAAAUGUAAGGCUCAUCCCAGAGGAUGGUUUUCCCACAUCUUUAAUGGUAAACUGGACACAUCCGAUUCAUGAAACUUAUUUCAAGCUAAGAUACAUCAUCAGAUAUUGUCAAGCAGGUUGCAGUGUUUGGCAAGAGAUACAUGAGGAUUUAACCCAAGCUUACAUAGAGUCCUUCAGACUGCAGAAUCUUCAGCCUUACACAGAUUAUGUGGUUCAGAUACGCUGCAUUAAUCAUAAAAAUUUGGGCUAUUGGAGCGAAUGGAGCCCAAAUGCAACAGCUCGUACCCCAGAAGCCACUCCUGGCUCCAGACCUGAUCUUUGGAGAGUAUAUGCAGAUGGCUCAAACGACCCUGUCGUUAAGCUGGUUUGGAAGGAUCCUCAGAAGUCCUACGGCAAAAUAUUGGGGUAUGAUCUUACUAUCGAUGACCAUGGACAUUCUGAGAGCCAUGUUGUCACUUCCAAAGAGUAUAACAUCACCUUAAAGGGAGAAAAGGCCUUAAUCAAGCUUACUGCAAAUAAUUCAUUCGGAGUUUCACCUGCAGCCACUUUAGAGAUCCCAAGACCUGGAAUAAAGCUGUAUCCUGGUGUGGAACAAGUGAAUUGCUCAGUACACGAUGAUCAGCUGAGCGUGCACUGGCAACCACCUGCCAAUUUUCGACCCAAUGAGUAUGUAAUCCAAUGGGUUUCAGUGCCUAAUAAAGAGUUCGGCUGGAAAAGAGUGCCACGCGGUGCCAAUAGUGUCUCCUUUAAAGAAUUGAAGCCAUUUAAACGCUACAACAUAUCAGUCUUCCCAAUUUAUAAAGUCCAUCAAGGGACACAAGUAUCCGUACAAGCCUAUCUCCAGCAAGGACCUCCUCUGAAAGGUCCCACUGUUACUGUGAAUGCGACAGGGAAAAGCACUGCUCAGCUGACCUGGAACGAAAUUCCUAUUGAUGAUCAGCAGGGCUUCCUUAUCAAUUACACCAUUUUCUACAAAACAGGGGACAGAGAGAAAAAUGAGGUGGUUCCAUCCGACACCUACUCAUACAAGCUGACUGGACUGGAUAGUAAUAGUCCUUAUGUAGUACACAUCGUGGUGUCUAACCAGGAAGGCUCAAAGAAAGGAUCUGAUUCCAGUUUCCACACAAAAAGUUACGAUGAUGGUGAAAUCGACCUGAUUGUUGUGGGGGUGUGCUUGAGCUUCCUGUUCAUUGUGCUUUUUGUAAUGUACAUCUUCUUGAAGAAGAGAGAAUUGAUAAAGAGGCAUUUAUGGCCACAGGUCCCUGACCCGUCCCACAGCACUAUUGCUAACUGGUCACCCGACUGUCCCAACAAGCCGGACACGCCAAAGGAAAGUAUACUGACAGAGGUGAGCGUGGUGGAGGUGGACAUGGAUGAUGGAAAGUCUUUGUGCGAUGAUGAAAAGGCAGUGAUGCCACUCAAGAAGUACUUUUCAGAGGAGCGCAGCAGCGGCAUCGGUGGCUCGUCCGGCAUGUCCACUCCGCGCCAGAGCGUGUCCUCCAAUGACGAGGCUGACUCAGGCCAAACCACAGCCAGUACUGUGCAGUACUCUGCCGUAGUAAGCAGCGGCUAUAAAGGCCAGACCCCCGGCACUCAGGCGGCCAUGUUUUCUCGUUCUGAAUCGACACAGCCGCUACUGGAAUGCGAGGAAAACCCAGAGAACCUGUCCGAGGCCAGCGGCCAACAAACAAACUCCUACUUCAAGCGCCAUAGAGGACUCGAGCAACUGCACAUGAACGAGGGAGAAGAGCAUAGCUUUGGCUCUCUGACCUUUAGUCCAAUGGAGGAGGAGGACUCGCCCACUCUGACUGAGGAUCCACCAGUUCCUGUCUCCAGUUACAUGUCACAACAGAGCGGCUACCGGCCACAGUGAGAGGACAAAGACACUAUUAAUGUUAGAGCAAUCCCGUGCCUUCUUUCGGUGACCUGAUUUUUAUUGCCAUGUUCAAAAGCCCAUUUAUGUUUCACACUAAUUGCUGCUAAAUUUUAAAAAAAUGGUUCUCUCAUGGCUUUGGUUUUCAGAUAAAAUUAUAUUCUUACUAUGUUUAAUAUCUGGCAAUCAUAGUUUAGUUUUGUAUUUUUACACGUUUUGAUUUAGUAAUUGAAGGGUAGCUUUUGUAUAUGCUAUGUGUUUAAAGUAUAUACUGUACGCUCCAGAAUUAUUGGCUUAAUCUAUAACAUUCAGAAAGUGUUAUUAGAGACAUUGCAUAGUUUUACAGUAAUUAAUUUAUUUGUAUUAUUUUUUUCCCAAAAAGUCAUUCCCAAACUAAACAAAACAUUGGAAAGAAUAACUGCACUAAAUCACUUAUUGUAGUAUCUACACGUGUCAUUGCAAAACAUUAAUUUUGUUUAGUUUUUAAUGUCCGUUUUGAUUUAGAAGUCUGUUUAAUUCAUCUAAGCCCAUGUCUUAACCAACUGACAACGGCAAACUGGUUUUGGGCUGAAAUAUCCUGCUACUUUACUAAGCUUUCAGUCUUCACGUCAGCCCCUUAAACACUAGCCACAAAACAGCCUGAAAGCACCAGUGAUCUAACAUGACAUUGCUCAGCCGUUUUGUCACCUGCCAUGCUGAUAAUAUGCAUGAGAAAAACACUUUGAUUUCCUCUGACUACAACACAGCAUGGUUUUAGUGAUGUGUGGUGAUGUUAAGGUGCUGCAUUUUGUGAGCUGCACUCAGGAGGUGCUUCGUUUAUGCAACACUUUCAAACAGCUUGUAUAUACAGUUGUUUGAAAGUGUUGAUUCUUAUGAAAAACAUUUCAUAAGAAUCAGCUCGACUGUUCGAUUUUAAAAGCUCUUCGGGCUCUUUCUUUCCACCUCAUUUAAUGGAGAAACCAUUUUAUGAUGGAAUUUAUGGUCCAGUUAUUUGUAUUUAUGUAGCAACCAUUUGCAAAAACUUUUUCAUUGUUCUGUUGAAGUUUUUUUUAUGGUAAUGGCUAGUGAGGGGUUUUACAAGCAUGCAACAUUAUAUCCUGGCAUUUAUUUAAUGACCAUGAUUGUUUUUAAUAAUUGAAACAAAUAACACAGAUAGUUUCUCUUAGUGUUUGUGUUCAAUUUUGAUCUUUGUGUGUUCUACAUAUGUUCUACAAUUUUUCCCCCCCCUCAUAGGGUGCCAAUAAUUCUGGAGGGCACUGUAUAAGAACAUGGCUGAGCCAUUGAAUUGUUAAUCAUGUAAAUAUUUACUCUAAAAUUUAUUUUCAGAAGGCGUUCAGCCUGCAUUGUUCACGCUGUUACUGAUUAACCUUUAUUUGGUUUAAAGGCAAAUUUCUUGGAUUUUUUUCUAGAAUAUAUUAAACCUUUUUUUAUUAUUAUUAUUAUUAUUGUGCAAGUAUGUCCAGAAAGACCAUGUCCACAAGUGGACUUUUUUAAAAAGUUUCUUAAAGCUUCUUUGUGUUCUUAAUCCUGCUUUGAUUUGAUUGAGUUUGUUGUUUUGGAGCAUUUACCAUCUAUUUGCUGGACUGACGUUGACUGUCAGUCUAAAACUUCAGAAGUCCUGGCACCCAGGGGGGCUUUUUAGGCUAUGUGCUAGUGCUUAAGAGAGAGAGAAAAAUAGAAAAAACUUGUGUAUUUCUCAAGUAUUAUCACACUUUUUUGCUAACUGCCUUGGAGCUUCAGCUAAUUUUUUCAGGAUAUCAGUAUUUCAACAUAUGUAUGUAUAGAAAAAAAAAAUCAACACUACAUUUAUUUUGACGUUAGAGAACAGGAGACCUGUUUAAUGCAUGUUUUUUCACAUAUCCAUUUUCGUUAUCUUGUGAAAAGUCAUUACUGACAUAACACUUUGUAGUAAUCAUAUGAGAAAUAAAGACUUCAUUUAUCUAAAUCAA